AUGACGAUUCGAAAAAAAACACCACCUCAAAUUCCGGGCUUUGAGCAUUUACAUUCCGAUAUCGUACUAAUUCCAGGAUACCGAGGUUCAAAAUUAUAUAAUCAGAAAACUAAAACUACAACUUGGUUAAAUUUGCAAAUUCCUCUUUCACCCCAUAGCAAGGGAAAUCUUGAUCUCCCGUUACAAAUCACCAAAGAUGAGCCAGAUCGAUUUAUUCCCCACGGAAUAUUACAAAAGAUCGCAUUUUAUAAAUUUUAUGAUUCUUUAAUACAACACAUGGAUAACCUGUCUUCUCAAAAAAAUUCAUCAUCCUUUAAAUUUCAUAAAUUUAGUUACGAUUGGAGACGUAGUAAUCAAGCAACCUCGGAUAUAUUUCUAGAAUACCUGAAAAAGAUCUAUGCAGCAAACGGUGAAAAACCUAUUUAUAUAUUUGCUCAUUCAAAUGGCGGUCUAAUCACUCUAUCAGUAUUACAUCGUGCACCACACUUAAUUGCCGGCGUAAUAUUCGCUGGGACACCGUUCGGCGGUGCACCCGGGAUAUUCCACGAAUUAAAAUUUGGAAGUCCAGUGCUGUUUAAUAAAAAACUUCAAGAUCCAACAACCAUAUUUACUUUUCGAACUGCAUUUCAUUUGUUGCCUAUUAAAUGUAACGCUUUUAAAAAUCCGGUGACCGGUAAGGACUUUUAUAUAGACUAUUUUGAUUCGAAGGAGUGGUUAAAUAGUGAGUGGAGCGAUGUUAUAUUCGAGGAUACACCCCGAAAUUUGGCAAUCGGAACAAAAGAAGAGAGAAUAGCGUACUUAGAAAGAGUAUUAGAUGAUACUAAGAAAUUUCAUGAUAGUUUAAAAUUUCAAGGCACAGAAUUUAAAUAUCCUCCAUUGGUAACUAUUAUUAGUAAUGUAUAUCAAUCUAAUGGAGGAUAUCCUAUUACUAAGAACCAGCAUGGUAAAUGGGUAAUUGACUUUGAAGGACUGAUACCUGUUAAAGGUGAUGGAUCUGUCUCUGUCGAAAGUACGAAAUUACCUGAUGGGAUUCCUUAUGAAGUUUGCUACUCUAUGAAUACACAUGCUGAGUUGUUUGAGGAUUUGACGGCUGUUGGACAAGCUAUUGAAAAAAUCUUUGCUCCAAAAAAAGUUGCUUAA